AUGCUCGGCCUCCGUAGCAUCCAACGUGCAACCCGCACCCCUGCCCUCCGCCAGACCUUCACGCAACGCCGCUGGGCCACCCAAGCCUCCUCCGGCCACGGCCUCGAAGGCGCCGCCGACAAUGCCUUCAACCGCGAACGCCAGGCCGUCAAGGACCACGCUGCUGCUACAUCCGGUACACCCCGCUCCUUCUCCCCUCUACACCUUCGAAAUGAGUAUACUAACGCGGGACUGCGGACAGACACAUGGCGUAAACUCAGCAUCUGGGUCGUAAUCCCCUGCCUGUGCAUCGCGUCGGUCAACGCCUGGCGCCUGUGGACGGAGCACUGGGAGCACAAGGCGCAUGAGGGCCCGAUUGAGGAGAGGACUGAGUAUCCGUAUAUGAACAUCCGGACGAAGAAUUUCUUUUGGGGGGAUGGGGAUAAGACCUUGUUCUGGAACCCGAAUGUGAACCACCACAAGAAGGACGAGUAA